CAGAGCACCGACCCGACCGACCUCAUCGAACCUGGUCUACGCCAUCUCCAAACCCCAUAACUUCCACCACCACCACCACAAAACACAACAUCAUCAGCACGCAAGCCGACCGAGCUCCAUUCCCUCCUCAUUUCCACACUCCGCGUCCAAUUCCGACCGGGUCGCCUUCCAUUUCCUCCCGCCGACAGAGCAUCCAUCCUCCCUCUCUAGCCGAGCUCCACGCACGACAUCACCCGAAAACCACAAUGGCCUCCCGCAUCGUCACCCGCGCCCUCCCCCGCGCCUCCGGCCUCCCUCUCCGCGCCGCCCGCAACUUUCAGACCUCAUCUCCCCUGCGCGACGCCGUCGCCGCGCCCCUGCCGGCCCGGAAACCCGUCGGUGCUUUCCGUGGAGGUCUGUUCGGUUUCUUCCUCGGCAGCUCCCUCGCCGGCGCCGGUGUCUACUCCUACAUCCUCCAAGAAUACAAGACCUCCAACGAGCUCCUGACAGAGGACAUUUACGCACUCCAAGCCGCCGUCCAGCGCGUGACCAAGUACGUUGAGGUAUUGGAAGAGAAGAUGGACGCCAUCGAGCGCAAGAGGAAGUAAACAGAGAUGUCGCAACGUUGAAAAGGGGAACAAGGAGGAUGCGAGUGUAACGAGGACGCGAGAUGCCGAGGGGCACGCCGUGGUAAUGGACGGUGAGGUUUUUCGAGGCGAAGUCAGCACAAAAAAAGCAGCACAGCACAAUGGUUACGACCGGAAAUUUUCCAAACAACGUCCGAUUUCUUACUCUUUCCUGCGUGAGGUUCCUUCGAUUCAGUGGUAUGGUUUAUGAAUCGUGUCGUGGAGAUCGAGGUCGAAGAGCUCGUGUAUAUCAAAGACUGUAAUAAUAUGCUUACAAGGCGUGGGAGUUUCUGCAAGGACGUGUCUAAAGUGUCCCCCCAAGAGUGACUUCUCUUUACAGUCCGAGUCGUGUUCACUCAGCCGCUCUCGCUCAAGCUCAAGGCACGACCGAGACAGCCACCCGAGCUUACGGCAGCCAAGAAUCUGAGAAUGGCCAUUUCGAGGAGCGACAUUUCCAUGAUGUUGUUGGCUCACCUCU